CCCAAAUCGCGUUGCCAGCUGCAAGUGAGUGAUCUGGGAUCAGAGCUCCCGACGCGCGAAAAGUACUUAACCUCUACGUCCCCCGCCAACGUUAUCUCUUCCACUUCUCAUCAACCAAUUGUCAUCACAACCACUCUCUUCGCCUCUUCCAUCCAUCUCAACAAAGUCUUUCAGACUCCUCAAUCACUUCAUUUUAAUCUACCACCCCCAACCACCCAACCUUCAAAAUGACUGGCGGCGGAAAGUCUGGCGGCAAGGCCUCUGGUUCCAAGAACGCGCAAUCGCGAUCUUCCAAGGCUGGUCUCGCGUUCCCUGUUGGUCGUGUCCACCGUCUUCUCCGAAAGGGCAACUACGCUCAGCGUGUCGGUGCCGGUGCUCCCGUCUACCUCGCUGCCGUUCUCGAGUACCUCGCUGCCGAAAUCCUCGAGUUGGCUGGUAACGCUGCCCGUGAUAACAAGAAGACCCGUAUCAUUCCCCGUCACCUUCAGCUCGCCAUCCGAAACGAUGAGGAGUUGAACAAGCUUCUGGGUCACGUCACCAUCGCCCAGGGUGGUGUCCUUCCCAACAUCCACCAGAACCUUCUGCCUAAGAAGACGGGUAAGACUGGCAAGAACGCUAGCCAGGAGCUGUAAAUGGUUCAUUUGGUUCUUGUUUUUUCCAUGCGAUGGCUGGUUGUUUGGGUUGUCAUGACAAAGGGGUCACGGUUUAAGGGUUCAUACGGUUGUUUUUCAUCAGUUUAUUCGCGCGUUAGGGUUGUACAAUAAUCCCCCACGGCUAUGGUCAUGAAAUAAGAAUACUUCAAAGAUCUA